GUUUUUUGUUUUGGUUUUUUUAAAGAGAGGGAGAGGGAUUUAAACGAGGGUUUCGGUUUCAGUCGCUCCUCCAUCUCUCUCUGGUGACCCCUUAGCUUCUUCCAUCAGGGUUGUGGCUUUAGCUUUUCUUUGUAUUAAAUCCCAUCAUGAGCAACGAGAAGGAUAAUCUCAGCAUGGCCGAUCUCAAAGCGGUUCUUAACGAAGAGGAUCGAGCAGGCCUUGUUAACGCCCUCAAGAAUAAACUACAAACUUUAGCUGGUCAGCACACCGAAAUGCUCGAGAAUCUGUCUCCAAAUGUUAGACAGCGUGUUGAGCAUCUGAGGGAGAUCCAGAGCCAACAUGAUGAAUUAGAGGCAAAAUUCUUUGAGGAGAGAGCAGCACUAGAAGCGAAAUAUCAAAAAUUGUACCAACCCUUAUAUACCAAGAGAUACGAGAUUGUGAAUGGCACCGUUGAAGUUGAUGGAUCUACAAAUGAGGCAACUAUGGACCAUGAGGAGAAUAAAGCUGCUGAAGAAAAGGGUGUGCCUGAUUUUUGGCUCAUUGCAAUGAAGAACAAUGAAGUGUUAGCUGAGGAGAUAACUGAUCGUGAUGAAGGAGCUCUAAAGUACCUGAAGGAUAUUAAAUGGUGUAGGAUAGACGAUCCCAAGGGAUUCAAGCUUGAGUUCUUCUUUGAUCCCAACCCUUAUUUCAAGAACACUGUCUUGACGAAGACGUAUCACAUGAUUGAUGAAGAUGAGCCCAUUCUUGAGAAAGCAAUAGGGACGGAGAUUGAAUGGUAUCCAGGGAAAUGCUUAACACAGAAACUCCUUAAGAAGAAGCCUAAAAAAGGAUCAAAGAAUGCCAAGCCCAUCACUAAAACUGAGGAUUGUGAAAGUUUCUUUAACUUCUUUAAUCCACCUCAAGUCCCUGAAGAUGAUGAAGAUAUUGAUGAAGAUACUGCGGAGGAGCUUCAGAAUCAAAUGGAACAAGAUUAUGAUAUUGGGUCAACCAUUCGAGACAAGAUUAUCCCUCAUGCUGUGUCAUGGUUUACGGGUGAGGCUAUUCAGGGAGACGAGCUUGGAAUAGAAGAUGAUGAUGAGGAUGAAGAUAUUGAUGAGGAUGAGGAUGACGAUGAUGAAGAGGAUGAAGAAGAGGAUGAGGAUGAGGAUGACGAAGAUGAAAGCAGUACCAAAAAGAAGUCAUCAGCUGGAAACAAGAAGAGUGGAAGAACACAAGCUGGGGAUGGUCAACAAGGUGAGCGGCCUCCAGAGUGCAAGCAACAGUAGAGUUUGAUUGCUGCAGUGUAUGUGAAGUAGGUGAAUCAAAGUUGGUUGGAAGGGAGCUGAAAGGGAAGAGGGUAUGAAGUUUUGGGUGGUUCUUAAUUUUUUAUUUAAUUUAUUAUCUGUUAGUCCCUAUGAACAAUUGGUUUGGAGUUUUCUUCUUUUCCUUUACCCUCUUCGUUUGGAGGGAAUGUUAUCAAAUUAGUUAGAAGAAGCGCCUGCUUUUGUUGAUGUAUGUUGGAAUUUUGGUGGAUGUGGAAGUUUCAUGAACUCCUUUAUACUCGAAGUCGGCCUCUAUUUAUCUUAGUAUUAUAAUUACUUUCUUUUC